AUGAAUUUUAUUAUAUGGAAUUGUCGUGGAGUUGGUGGAAAGGGUUUUCAUACUCUGAUUAGAGAUUUGAAGAGAGAGUUUGAAGCUAAUUUCAUAAUUCUUCUUGAAACCCAUGUUAGUGGGGACCGUGGCAAUAAGAUUCGAGAAAAGAUGGGUUUUGAUGGCGUCUUUGUGGAGGAAUCUAGAGGGCACUCGGGAGGUAUUUGGUGUCUUUGGGACACUAAUUUCUGGCAAGUUAUUGUUCUCCACCACCAUGUUCAAUUUGUUCAUAUGCAGGUUGUUGGUAAAAAUUCUGUUCCCUGGCUCUUUACAGCUGUCUAUGGCAGUCCUCAAAGAGGUCAGAGAAAGGAGUUAUGGAGUUGCCUUAAUUCUAUUAGUCAGAAUAUCUCUUCCCCAUGGUGUAUUGCUGGUGAUUUUAAUGCUAUGCUCCACGCUCAUGAAAGGAAGGGAGGAUCAUUGAAUCAAAUCCAAGAAGCUUGUACUGAUUUCCAAGCUUGCGUGUCUGAAUGCGGGUUGAUGGAUUUGGGUUUUUUUGGCUGGCCAUUUACUUGGAAGCAAGGGAAUUUAUUUGAGAGACUUGACCGAGGCUUGUGCAACUUGGACUGGCAGAUUGCCUUCCCUGAUGUUAAAGUCAAACACUUGGCUAUGAUGAAGUCAGAUCAUACUCCUCUCUUAUUUCAGCUUGCUUCUUCUCAACCCCUUAACAGAAGAAGGAAACCCUUUCGUUUUACUGCAGCAUGGCUUACUCAUUCAGAUUUCGGUGAUGUUGUUAAAAAUAAUUGGAGUUGGCAGAACUCUUAG